UGUUCCGGUCUCGGUGGGUGCAGUGAACACAGUCCAACAAAAACCAUCCCCGUGUUUCCUUCGCUUUUAGCCGCAUUAGCCGCACGGAGCUCGGACAGGGGAGAGUCCGGAGGCUUCAUCCGCCGGAGAGACACGUUGAGCCGGGCACCGAGAGGACGUCAGUGAGGAUGAACUUCCUCCGGGGGGUGAUAGCCGGACAGGCAGCCGGGCCGCAGCCCACCGGAGCCGACACGAUCCAGAAGCUGUGUGACAGAGUUGCCUCCUCAACACUCCUGGAAGACCGCAGAGAUGCUGUCCGGGCGCUCAAGUCUCUGUCGAAGAAAUAUCGCUUGGAAGUUGGGACACAGGCGAUGGAUCACUUGAUUAACAUACUGCAAACAGACAGGUCUGACUCCGAAAUCCUUGGCUAUGCCUUGGACACACUGUACAACAUCAUCUGCAAUGAUGAGGAGGAAGAGCAAGAUGAAUCGGAAGACGCAGUAACCCCUCUCCCUGUCUCAGGGAAGCAUAAGAAUGUGUCUGCGCCUGAUGAGAAUGCCCAGAAGCAGGCUGAUGACCUCGGUGUCCAGUUUACAGACCAGUUCAUCCAGGAGCCCGAGCAUGUGACUCUUAUUCUCUCUCUGUUGGAGGAGUUUGACUUUCAUGUGCGUUGGCCGGGGGUGAAGCUGUUAACUGCUCUCCUGAAGAAUCAGUGUACUCAGGUCCAGGGCGUCAUUCUGGUCAGCCCCAUGGGUGUUUCCAGACUAAUGGACCUAUUGGCAGACUCGAGAGAAGUCAUUCGCAACGAUGGAUUGCUGUUGCUUCAGCAGCUGACUAAAAGCAAUGCUGCCAUUCAGAAAAUUGUGGCAUUUGAGAGCGCAUUUGAGCGGCUCCUGGAUAUUAUUACAGAAGAAGGUAGCAGUGAUGGAGGUAUCGUGGUGGAGGACUGUUUGCUGCUGCUGCUCAACCUGCUAAGGAACAACAGCUCCAACCAGAAAUUCUUCAAGGAGGGCACCUACAUCCAGAAAAUGAAGCCCUGGUUCGAGGUCGGUGACGAUAACUCGGGCUGGUCUGCACAGAAGGUCACCAACCUCCACCUAAUGCUCCAGCUGGUGCGAGUCAUGGUGUCUCCAGUAAACUCUCCAGGAGAGACAGCCAGUUGUCAGAAGUCCAUGUACCAGUGUGGCCUGCUGCAGCAGUUAUGCACCAUCCUCAUGGCCACUGGUGUUCCUGCUGACAUCCUCACUGAGACCAUCAACACUGUAUCCGAGGUCAUCAGGGGCUCACAGGUCAACCAGGACUACUUUGCUUCUGUCAAUGCUCCUUCAAACCCACCGAGACCAGCGAUUGUGGUCCUGCUCAUGUCCAUGGUGAAUGAGAGACAACCGUUUGUCCUUCGCUGUGCAGUCCUCUACUGUUUCCAGUGUUUCCUCUACAAAAACCAGAAAGGCCAGGGGGAGAUAGUGGCUACACUGCUGCCUUCCACUAUUGAUGCCAACUCCAUCUCAGCGGGCCAGCUGCUGUGCGGAGGCCUCUUCUCAGCAGACUCUCUGUCCAACUGGUGUGCCGCUGUGGCCUUGGCUCACGCUUUGCAGGACAACCUCACCCAGAAGGAGCAGCUGCUCCGGGUUCAACUCGCCACCAGCCUGGGCAAACCCCCCGUCUCUCUGCUGCAGCAGUGCACCAACAUCCUCUCCCAGGGCAGUAAAGUCCAGACGAGGGUCGGCCUCCUCAUGCUGCUGUGUACGUGGAUCAGCAACUGUCCGAUCGCUGUCACACACUUUCUACACAAUCAGGAAAAUGUUCCCUUUCUGACAGCUCAGAUCUCAGAGAACCUGGGAGAGGAUGAGCGGCUGGUCCAGGGUCUGUGUGCGCUUCUUCUCGGCAUCUGCAUCUAUUACAACGACAACUCACUCGAGAACUACACCAAAGAUAAGCUGAAGCAGCUGAUCGAGAAGCGGAUUGGAAAGGAAAACUUUGUAGAGAAACUCUGCUUCAUCACGAAACACGAGCUGUACUCGCGGGCGGCUCAGAAGCCACAGCCCGUCUUCCCGUCUCCUGAGCAGAUGCUGUUUGACCACGAGUUCACCAAGCUGGUCAAAGAACUGGAGGGUGUUAUCACCAAGGCGGUUAAUAAAUCCAAUGAGGAGGAGAAAAAGGAAGAGGAGGUGAAGAAGACAAUAGAGCAACACGACAACAUCGUAACUCAGUACAAAGAGCUGAUCAGAGAACAGGAUUCUCAGAUCAAGGAGCUCAGAGAGCAGCUGGGCUCCAUGUCGUCUCAGAGCGAACAGACGCAGGCUACCCUCACGCAGCAGCUGUCCCAGAUCCAGCAGCACAAAGACCAGUACAACCUCCUCAAGCUGAAGUUAGGUAAGGAGAACCAGAGUCCGUCUAACGGUCAGGGAGACGGCUCCCAGGUGAACGGGCUGCAGACAGAGGAGCUGACGCAACUCCGAGAGGAAGUGGAGGAGCUGCACAAGCAACAGACACUUCUCCAGACACAACUCGGUGACAAAGAUGCACUCAUCAACAGCCUGAAGUCCGAGGCAGCACAGACAGCGGAGGGGUCAGCAGGAGGAUCAGAAAACACAGAACUACUCCAGGAGCUGGAGGCUUUGAGGAGUCAGGUUCAGGCCCAGUCGUCAGAAAUUAACCAGCUCCAGACAGAGAGACAAGAACUUGUCAGGAGAGCAGAAGCUGCGUCCUCAGACACAGUCCCCAGCAGCGACAGCUCUGUAGACACAGACAAGAUGGCAGAACUAGAAAGCAGAGUCGCAGCACUGACGACUGAGACAGAGAGACUCAAGGGGGAGACAAAGGGCCUGUCGGAGAGCCGGGCCGACCUCGAGCAGCAGUUGGCUUCUGCCACCAGCACGGUGGCCAUCCUGCAGACGGAGAAGGAGAAGCUGCAGACGGACGUUCAGGAGUCCAAGAAGGAGCAGGACGACCUGCUGAUGCUGCUGGCCGACCAGGACCAGAAGAUCCACAGCCUCAAGCAGAGGCUCAAAGGCCUGGGAGAAACGGUGGAAGAUGAAGACGACCUCGAUGCCAGGGACGAUGACGACGAGGACGAAGAGGAGGAUUAAAGAAAAACACUGAAAGAAGAAAAGGGAAAGACGGAAAUUUGUGUUGCCAGAAGGCAAUAAAAAAGACUUUACAGAGACACGUGAGAAACUCAAGAAUAGGACUAAUAUAUUGACGGAGUUUCUUUUUCCAGCUGCCAUGCUAUCUUCAUUUUUCUUCACCCCCACAUCACGUCACGUAUUAGUUAUGUUUUUGUUCAAGAUAAGGCUCCAGUUUUCAGUGACAGCUUAAAGAUGUCAGUGCAUUCAUCUCUGCUCCUCUCUCCAUCGGUUUGUGAUGGAUUUUACCAGUCGUGUGUUUAUUGUAACGUUUAUAGUUUGUGAUCACACACAAAAUAAAACUCCAGGUUAUUUUCAACACACAAAAUUCAUCUGGAACGUUAAGAGAGGCCGGUUUAAAAAUGUAGCAAAAACUGCAAGUAUGAACAGAUUUGAUAUAAUUCUUAUUCUAUCAUAAAGAUGCUGGAGAGGCUCUUGGCGCCGGCGUUUUGCCAUCUCGCUCUCCUGCUCUCACCAGACACAAGAUGCACCGGAACCACCUGCCACAUGUCACUGUGCUGCGCCUUGAAUCCAUCUGCCUUCAUGCCCGAGUCAGUGCGAGUUUGGUGUUUCACAGUGUUUCAACACCCGGAAGUCGGCGACGUGACCGGACUGCUCGGCAACAUGCUGCAAAACACUGAGAACCAAGAUGUAAAGACAAAAAGUGAUAUUUUUGCAACUUUUUUGUCCAGUGCUGGCAUCAAGCUUCUGUAUGAUAUUGUGUAACUUAUCGAUUUAUGAGCCACAUUGAAAUGAAUAAUCUAAGGGUCUGUAUGCCUGUAUGGAGAAAUGAUUGUAGAUAUAUUAAAUUUUACUAAAUCCACAA